AUGUCCUGCGGGUCCAUAUCAGGCUCAGCCUCGUCGUCCUCUUCGAACGCAUCGCCCCAACUGCUGGACGAUGCAACACUGUAUACCACUCCUGACGUGGAGGAGACUGAGAGCAGCGAACAACUGCUCGAGGCGGACGAGCUCUUCUUCGACUUUGCGAAGUGGGAGCACGAUUCCACGCCGGAAGCCUCCUCGUCGGGAGGGGAGUCCACCCCCAGCCUGGCGUCGACGGAGGAGGCGUCCGCUGCGCCAAGUGACUCACCAUUAUCGGCUUCGGGGGGUUUGCCGUCUCAGUCGCGGCCACCGAGCCCCGGUUCAUCCUCUGCUCCUUCCACCUCCGCUUCCCCGGUGCGCUCCAAGCGCAAGCGGGAGGCCUCUGACGAGGGCCCGUCGACCUCGGUUCGUCAACGAGCGCGGCGGGCACCGCGCAUCACACCCCAAGCCGCGCCAACACCCCAUCAGCGGCGGGUGUACACCUGCGGCCUGAAGGCCAAGGACGACGACCUGCACAAGUGUACGUGGCAGGGCCAUUCGGAGGGCUGGUGGGCCCACCUCCGUGAGGACGAGGCGCUCAAGAAGCUGCUGCCGGUGAAGGCGGAGACGCCUCGUGGGGCGGGGGCCAGCUGCGGGUGGGAUGGAUGCGAGUUCGCUGGGACGGCGAAGGAGGUGGAGGGUCACUGGAAGACGGCCCACAAGGGUAGUCUGGCUGACGAGCGGACGGAGGACAGGGCGGCGGGCACUAACCUCAACGACUACCAGGUCCACUGCCGCGCGUGCCUGGCUGAGGGGGUGCGCGCGGUUGUGACGGAGCCGUGCCUUAUCCGGCACCUCAGGACGAAGCAUUGGGGGACCGGGAUGAAGUGGUGUGAUGGGUGCGGGGAGUGGAAACGUGCGGAUACGUAUUCGGAAUCGUUCUCGAGCAUUCGGGCUGCAAUGAUCACAGACUUAAGUGAGACGCUUGGCUAG